UAAUAUUUUAGACAUUAAAUAUUAUAAAUGAUCGGCAGAAUCUGCUCCAAGAGGUUUUGAAGGACUUAUAACCAUAGUCUCAAUAAAGAUACUAUUCCUCUUCCAAUUAUCCGCUCUGAAUAUGCUGUGAGGGGUGCCAUCGCUGAGAAAGCAAUGAAGAUGCAAAGACAGAUGGAAGAUGGAGUAAAAUUCCCAUUCGAUAAGAUCACCCAGCUAAAUAUUGGAAAUCCUCAAAAUUUGGGCCAAAAGCCAAUAAGUUUCAAUAGAGAAGUGUUAGCUUCGUGCUUAAUAGAUGAUACUGAGAGGAGCCGAAAGAUUUUCUCUUCUGAUGCGGUAGAUAGAGCUGAAUACUACUUAAGCAACCUGACGAAUCGAGCAGCUGGAGCUUACUCAGAUAGUACAGGAAUUAGGCUAAUCAUGAGGGAAGUUAAGUCUUUUAUUGAAAAACGCGAUGGAGUUGAGGUAAAUGAAGACCAAGUAUAUCUUACAAAUGGAGCAAGCGAAGGAAUCACACUUAUGCUGAAACUCUUGAUUAAUGAUUUGAACGAUGGGAUAAUGAUCCCCAUUCCACAAUAUCCUAUUUACUCUGCCCUCAUUACUAGAUUUAAUGGAACCCAAGUUCCUUAUUAUCUUGAUGAAAGUAAAGGAUGGGGAAUGUCUUUUGAAGAGCUCGAGAGAUCUUAUGCUGAAGCCACUGAUAAAGGAAUCAACGUAAGAUCAAUGGUAGUCAUUAACCCAGGUAAUCCUACAGGACAAGUUCUCACACAAGAAGAUUUGAACAGAGUGAUUCAGUUUGCCCAUGACAAGCAAAUCUUCUUGUUGGCAGAUGAAGUUUACCAAAGAAAUAUCUAUGUUGAUAAAGAGUUUUGUUCAGUCAGAAAAGCUCUUAAAGAACUUGGUAGUCCAUAUGACGAUGAUGUUGAACUUGCUUCAUUUCAUUCACUAUCAAAGGGACUUCAUGGAGAGUGUGGCCUCAGAGGUGGAUUUAUGGAACUUCACAAUAUUAAUGACUUUGCGAAUGCAAUGAUGUAUAAAUCUAAAGCGGUGGCUUUGUGUUCAAAUAUCAUUGGACAAAUUGGAGUUGGAUUGAUGGUCAAUCCUCCUACUAAAGACACCGUUUCAAAGGAAGUUUUUGAUCUUUAUCAAACACAAGAACAAGAAAUUUUCAAUGGGCUAAAGUAUAGGGCUAAUCUGAUUACAGAAAAGUUGAACAGCAUUGAAGGGAUCACCUGUAACGAAGUCGAGGGCGCCAUGUAUGCUUUCCCUCAAAUCAGGUUGCCCCAAUCUUACUGUGACUUAGCCCACCAAGAAGGAUUAUCUCCCGAUCUCAAAUACUGACUGGAGAUUCUCAGCAAGACAGGAAUCAUGAUAGUUCCUGGAUCAGGAUUCGGACAAGAAGAAGGAACCUACCACUUCAGAAUCACCAAUCUCGUGAACUCCAAGUCCGAAAUGACCAAAGCUCUCGACAAAAUCGGAGACUUCACCUCAGAACUAAUGUCAGUCCACAAGUAACCACAAUCCCCAACCCAAUGACUCCUUCAUCUC